AUGUCUUCCUCUAACACCAAUCAGCAGAGAGAUAGAUUAUCUACACAAAGAUAUCAAUGUGCUCAGUGUGCCCUGUCGUUUUACAAUUACCAGCAGCUUCAAAAUCAUAAGAGAGUCCACAGAGGCGAUUGUACAACAGUAGCUGUCACAGAUCAGUUUAUUCUGCAUGAUGUUGAAAUGCAACAUGAUGGAAACAAUAUCAUUGAUAACAAUGAAUUCGUUAGUGAUUCAGAUUAUUCCAUGAAUGCAAUAGAGAUCAACAAGGCCAUUUCAUAUAAGUGCGGCUGUAGUUUUGAGGACAGUGAGGGUGAAGCUCACAUUUACAAUAGCAGCAGAAUUGGUAGCAAUACCUUUACAAAAGCCGAGUUGAUAAGUAUUCAUCUCUCUCAAUUGAUGCUUCAGCACAGAAUUUCCAGGGCAGCUUACAGAGACAUUGUCCGAUUUGUUAAUACAAUCAUUCGAGAUCACAAUGAAAUUAUGUUGGAACCUGGGGCUAAGAUCAGCCACGGCAAAACUGUCAAUGCUUUGCUUAAGUCCAAGUCAAGUGUCAAGGGCCAUGAGUAUGAUGUCUGUCCUAAUGGUUGCCAAUUGUAUGGCAUUAAUGACAAUCAGGAAUCUUGUGUUGACUGUGGCAAACCGCGAUACAAGACUGAUACUGAGCAAAGUCAAACACCAGCUGCCAGUAUGAAGCUCAUGUCAGUCGGUGGUAUGUUUUCUCAAAUUCUGGCUGAUUCAGCCACAAGAGAACUUCUUCAUUACAGGGCUAACCGGGAAUCUGUAGCUAGUCAGCUCACCGAUAUUUUUGAUGGUGAAAAUUACAAGCAGUUGGUGCAGCAAGGCUUGUUCUCAAAUCCUGAUGAUAUUGCCAUUGGGCUAUAUACCAAUGGUUUUGUUAACCAAAAAAAGGGCAAGAGUUCGUACACCAUCGUUCAUGCUGUUGUAUUCAACCUUGACCCAUCAAUAAGAUACACAAAUGAAUACCUCUUGUAUCUGACAAUCUUGUCUGGUCCCAAGAAGUCUACCCACUUGGACUCUUUCCUGAUGCCAAUCAUCAGUGAAAUAAAAGAUCUUGAGAUGCAUAGCUUGGUGAUCAAGAGCAAUGGAGUUGAGAUUUGCCGUGCCAAGAUCCACUUGUUGCUUGCUUCUGGUGACAUCCCAGCUGUGGCUGACAUGGCGCACAUUGGCUCACAUGCCAAUGACACAGAAUGUACUUUGAAGAUAGUUCUGCUCCUUUGCAACCUUUGGAAGACUUCAAAACCGGCAAUCCUUUGCAAGAGGAAUCAGAAAGCACAUUUACGACUUGAUCACUGUGUCCCUUACCAAGGGGACAAAAAUUUUUAUACCCAUCCGGAUGAUACGCUUUCCACCACAGAAUACCCAUUUUUCAUACCAAGAACUAGUCUUGUGACAAUUGGCAACUUUAUCACAAGUUCAAGACCAUAUAUACCAGUAUCAUUCCAAGGCAGUUUUGAUAAUGUCUUCUCCAAGAUUGACGGCACUCGUGCAGUAGAUUGGCUUGACUUUCUUCUGUACAUUGUUCCCACUCUUGUUAUACCAUUCUUAUCAAAUAGAGCUGUGAAAACUGCGGUGUUGUCACUUGUCAAAGGUUGUGCACUGGCAUUGCAAUAG